CCUCCCCGCUCCCCCAUGGCGAUGGCCGCCGCCGGCCGAUGCCUCCUCCUCUCCCGCCCCUCCCCUCUCCGCCUCCGCAUCCUCCGCGCCGCCCUCUCCACCGCCGCCCCCACCCUCACGGCUCCUGCGCCCCCUCCCCGCCACGAGCUCCUCCUCGAGCGCCUCCGCCUCCGCCACCUCAAGGACUCAUCCCCCGGCCCCCCGAAACCGCCGCCCAGGGAGAGGGCCCGGGGCGGGGACAGGGGCUCGCAACACCCCCAGCAGCAGCAGCGGAUUGUUGAGGCGGACAGCUUCGAGGAGCUUGGGCUGGAGGAGGAGGUGAUGGCCGCGAUGCGGGAGGCGGGCAUCUCCAAGCCCACCGAGAUCCAGUGCGUCGGCGUGCCUGCCGUGCUUUCCGGCACCAGCGUAGUGCUUGGCUCCCACACUGGCUCUGGGAAGACGCUCGCCUACUUGCUCCCUCUUGUUCAGCUCCUGCGUCACGAUGAAGCAACGUUGGGUAUGUCAUUGAAACCAAGGAGGCCAAGAGCAGUAGUUUUGUGCCCGACAAGGGAACUGACUGAGCAGGUCUUUCGUGUUGCAAAGUCCAUAAGCCAUCAUGCACGUUUUCGGUCAACGAUGGUUAGUGGAGGCACUCGUUUAAGACCCCAGGAAGAUUCUUUGAACAUGCCUGUUGACAUGGUUGUUGGGACACCUGGAAGGAUCCUUGAUCAUAUUAAGGAGGGUAAUAUCGUUUACGGUGACAUUAAAUAUCUGGUUCUGGAUGAGGCAGAUACAAUGUUUGACCAAGGCUUUGGAGAAGACAUACGGAAGUUUCUCGCUCCUUUGAAGAACCGUGCUUCAAAGCCUGGUGAUCAAGGUUUCCAGACCGUCUUAGUGUCUGCUACCAUGACCAAGGCAGUACAAAAACUGAUUGACGAGGAAUUUGAAGGUAUUGUGCAUUUACGGACAUCAACCUUUCAGAAGAGGAUUGCAACUGCGCGGCAUGACUUCAUCAAACUUUCUGGUUCAGAAAACAAACUUGAGGCUCUCUUGCAGGUUCUUGAGCCAAGCUUAGCAAAGGGAAAUAAAGUUAUGGUGUUCUGUAACACUUUGAAUUCAAGUCGUGCAGUGGACCAUUUUCUCACCGAAAACCAGAUAUCUACUGUGAAUUACCAUGGAGAGGUUCCUGCUGAAGAGAGAGUUGAGAACCUGAACAAGUUUAGGAAUGAAGAGGGGGAUUGCCCAACAUUAGUCUGCACUGAUCUGGCAGCUAGAGGACUUGACUUGGAGGUUGACCAUGUCAUCAUGUUUGACUUCCCAAAAAACUCUAUUGAUUACCUCCACAGAACGGGAAGAACUGCACGUAUGGGAGCCAAAGGGAAAGUCACAAGCCUUGUCACGAAGAAAGAUGUGCCUUUAGCUACACGGAUUGAAGACGCCAUGAAGAAAAACGAGAGCUUGGAUGCUCUCACAACUAGCAAUGUCAGGAGGGUGGCUGCCAACCCACAAAAUCCAAGCACCAGAGGAAGGAAUUCAACGUUGGUAAGGAGAUCAGAUGCUCCAAGAGAUUCUCGUCAGAAGGGCAAGAGAGGAAUCACACUUUCAAGAAGGUCACCAAAAGUUGCCAUCAAGGAUACAACUUCGACCAGAAAGCGCUCGUCAACCAAGAACCAGCCAUCUUCGUCCAGAAAGCGCUCGCCGGCUAAGAACCAACCCAAGUCUAAGCCAGCAGAGGCCGGAAAGGCCAAGCCGGUGAAAUCGGUUAGCAAGGGCGGGGUUAAGGUUGGAAAGAGCAGUGGCAGCAGACCAAAGCCAGAGGGCCGGAAAGGAGAUGCUCUGAAUAAGCUAGGACGUAAGCUUAGCGUGGUUGGAUUCAGAGGGCGUAGCACUGGGAAGUCAGCGCAGGCUUCAUAGUAAUCCCUCUGAAAUUUUGGAUUGCGCAACCUGUACAUAUCGAUGACUUGUUUUCUACCAUUUUCCUUUUGUAGCUUACAAUGAGUUUUUCUUUUCUUUAAAGGAGACUUAUGAAGAACUGAAGAAUGUUCCCACGAGAUCUUUUUGCUGUUGGAGUUAACAUGUGCUCUAGUAUCCAUGAA